AUGUCGGGCAGGUCGGUUCGAGCCGAGACCAGGAGCCGGGCCAAAGAUGAUAUCAAGAGGGUCAUGGCGGCUAUCGAGAAAGUGCGCAAAUGGGAGAAGAAGUGGGUGACAGUGGGUGAUACGUCCCUACGGAUCUACAAGUGGGUCCCUGUGACGGAGCCCAAGGUAGACGAAAAGAACAAGAAUAAGAAAAAGGGCAAAGAUGAGAAGUGCGGCUUAGAGGUGACUCCCCGGGAGAACAGCUCCUCUCUCGGCAUGAUGAACAUGCAUGGCGCCAACAGCAACCAGAGCUCCAUAGCAGACUCCUCCCCCAUCAAACAGGAAAUCAGCAUCAACUCAAGCUCCGCUAUGGCCAACUCGGCCGUGCCCGAUGAGGUCGCAGAAGCCAAGGCAGACGAGGCCCAGGCUGACAGGAAGGAGCACCCUGGGGCCAAAGACGCCGACGACGAGCAGAACUCGCAGUCUUCGAUGGAAAACUUGACAAAUUGUUCAGAGAAAGUGGGAAGGCAGCCAUCUCGGGACGCGGGUCUCGCCUCAAACGAAGUAGCAAUCUCUCAAGCUUUGGAAAGAGUGCCAACAUUGAAAAACCAGAAGCUGGAGGGGCUGCAGCCUGAGGAGCUGUAG